AUUCAUCCUUUCUUUUCUUUUGAACCCACCUUUUACACCCUCUCAUUCAACAUCCCUCAUCUUUUCCUCUUCCCAUCGAAGCCAGCUUUGAUCGUUUUAAACACACGCAUAUCAUUCCUAUCACCAAUAUACAACUCUCUCUCACACCGCAUAUAUUACUUCUGUUAAUAUUACGAGAACAGAGUUCGCCUCUCACAAAUGUAUAGAGUCAAGCUCCAGUCUCUGGCCGCUUCCCAGCGCUCACGUAACAACUCCUUACUCGUCGCUUCGACUGCUGCAAUCGCCGCUGCUGGUAGUCUUGCUACCAAGACUUCGUAUUGCCAGCACGAUCCUUCCGUCCAAGCAGAGGCGGAGCACUUGAAGGAGCACGUCCAAGGCUUCGCAGAUCAUGUUCUUGAGAUGGCCGAUUCGCCACCGUCUUCAUCUUCGUCACCUAGGUCGGGGAAAAAUCAUGGGCGCGGUGAGUCCACAUUCUUUUCCUCGAAUGACUAUAGAGCCGACCAGCCUCAUCCCCAAUUUAGUGGAAGAAUGGAGCGCUUCCGUGGCGCAUAUGUGGAAGAGCCUCUUGUCCCUGCAUUGAUCUAUGUCACUAUUGCUGGAAUGACGGGAUCUUUUAUCGCACGCAAAAGCAAUUUCGUAUUCCGCUUCUUCUCCCCUGUGGCUCUAGCUCUUGGAGCUGCCGCAUACUGCAUCCCUAAGACAACUAACAAUGUUAUUAACGGCUUGCGAACGUAUGACUACAGUCAGAUGUCGCGUGAGUGGCAGCAUAAGUACCUGCAUGCAAAACAGUCGGUUGUUGACACGACGCACGGACUCACAGCUGCUGCAGAUAGUGUCAUCCACGGAGCCAAGGAUGCGGCUCAUGAGGUCUCGGAUAAGACCGCGGAGCUGACUGACAAGACAUCCAAGACCUUGAACAGCGCUAAAGAAAAGUCUGUAGAGUUGGCCCAUGAUCUCAGAGACAAGACUGAAGAAGUAGCCGAGGAUGUAAAGUCCAGAUCAAAGAAUGUUGCCAAGGAUAUCAAGUCUAAAUCUAAGGAUAUAGCCAGCCAGCUCGGGGAUGCCAAGGACAAGGUCCAAGACCAGGUGGAAGACAAAGCUCACCAGGCAAAAGAUUGGUGGCAAUCCGAAAAGAAGGCUGCAGAAAAGUCGGCCAAGGAUAUGAAGCGCACUAUGCGUGAGCAGGGCAGGAAUACUCGUGAAUGGUUCGAUGAAAAGACCCAUGAGUUAAAUAAUAAUACUGAUAAGGGAGAGAUGGAGCAUGGGUUUGAUCGUUUGAAGGAUAAGGCUCGUCAAGGCUGGGAAAACGCUCGUGAUGAGGCGCAGGACGCCUGGAAUCGGGGCACGAGCCAUGGCCAAUACAAUGGUGAGCGAUGGAAGGACCAAACUCGGGAUUGGGUCCGGGACCGCUCCCGUGACAUGCAUGAUCGCUUUGAGGAUAUGAAGGAUCGAUCGGAUGAUUGGGCUCAGGACCACCGUCAUGACUGGCGCAAGAUGGGUCGAGAUGCUGAGGAUCGGUUCGAUCAAGCUCGCCAUGAUCUUAAGAGGCGCGGUCGCGAAUUCCGUGAGUCUUCUGAGGACUACCUCCACGACGCAAAGCGUGAUGUUUACAACAAGGGCGAGGAUAUGUGGGACCGUGGUCGCCAUCAGCUCCACAGGGCUAAGCGUGAUGUUGAUGAUGCCCGCUCGAGAUGGGGGCCUGACGACGAUCGUGUUCCAGGCAGAUCCAGUGCUGCUGCUCGAUGGGGCCCCUUUGAAGACCAUGGUGGUCACCGCGACCACCAUGACGAAAAAGAAGAGUACGCUGGUCGUGGAUACAGGUAUCAGCCACGCUAUGAUCAAUUUGAUACACAACGUCCCUCCGUGACUGAGGCUGCUAAGGAGGGCAAGCACUGGUGGCAACCCAAGAGUCCAGCUGAUCCCUAUGAAUAUUACGAUGACAACCGUCAAAGCACCUUUUCGCACCCUAGUAGAUCAUCGUCAUCAUCAGCCUCAUCUUGGCGGGAGGCCGGCUCUAACUCAAGUGACCAAGCUAAGGAGCAGCUCAACCAGGCGAAGCAAUACGCGGAGCAUGGUAUGGGUCACUUGAAGGACGCCGUAGGAGAAAAGGCUCAGUACAGCCGCUCCUGGUUAUCUGACAAAGCAGAUGAGUUAAAAGAUCGUUUUGAGCAAGGCAAAGACCGCUUCGAGAACGAGCUGAAUGGAAAGUUUGCCCACGAGCCCACGAAGGGAUAUAACUACUACCAUGACCGGCAAGGACGUGAUUUUGGAGGGCAAUAUCGACACCACAAUCAUGCAUCCAUUUACUCGAAUGACAACUGGUUCCAUUAUGAUCAUGGUGAGAACAACAGAGCGUCCGCAGGACGUUACCGUGAGCGUGGUAUGUAGAACAAAAUAGGAGGACGAUACGUAGCAUGAAUUACAUAAAUGGCGGGUCUUAUGAAUCCAAUGUUGUAAUAAAAUUAUAUUUAUAU